CUUCUGGUUUGGAUCUAUGAAAAAUGGGAGAAAGAGAUGAGAACGUUGAAUCGAAGAUACACUGUACAGUAUGCAGGAAGACAAUGCCUUCUCAGAGAGGACCAGUGUUUUGUCGCCUCGACCUCAACUGUUCUUACAAUCCACACCUCACUCCGGGCCGAUUUCUAAAAUCAUGCGCCAAAUUGCCGCCACAAAUCUCCCACCCCUCCCAUCCGCACCACUCCCUCUCUCUCCUCUCACGCCCUCCAUUCAUUUCCGGUAGCUUCACCUGCGUUUCCUGCGACAAUACUGGCCUUGAUUUCGUCUAUCAUUGCGCCGAUUGUUUUUUUUUCAAUUUGGACGUUUUCUGCGCUUCUCUCAUCCCUAACCAAGGAGGCGGAAGCGACGGCGACACCGAGACGACUUUUGGUUCGCAUUUAGGGCUUGAUGGAACCACGGUGCAUCCGUGGAACGUUUACAGCAGACAUGAUCAAUUUGAUGAGGUAUUGUGCUCAGCUUGUAGAUCUCCAAUUGAAUCACAGAUCUGUGUUUGUCUGGAAUGCAAAGUGUUUAUGCAUAAAUCUUGUACUCUUUUGCCUACUAAGAUUAUGCAUCCCUUACAUAGCCUCCAUCCAUUGUCACUGUUUAAGUGGAAAGCCUUUUAUCCCUCUGAAGAUGGAUCAAUAGAUUCGCCGUGUCAAGGCUGUUGGGGAGGGAGAGGGCGUUGUGUUGCAUGUGGGGACGGAUUAGAAGGCAAUUAUGUUUAUCAGUGUUCGGAGUGUUCGGAGGACUGUCAAAUCAAAUUUGACAUCAAAUGCUCAUUCCUUUCUCCAAAAACUUAUGAUUUUCACCAACAUCCUCUUUUUCUUGUGAACGCCAGUUCCUUCGAUUGCAAACGUUGUGAGUGCAAAGAUUGCUCACCAAUGCUGAGAUGUGUAGGUCAUUGUGAUUACAAUGUCCAUCUUCAUUGUGUUCCUUCACUUCCUCGAACAGUUGUGCGUAAACAUGUCCAUCCACUCAAACUUGUCCGUUAUCCGAUAAAAGACUAUGAUGAUGAGCCUGAUGAUGUUGAGUUGUAUUGUGAUGCCUGUGAGGAGCUUAGAUUCUUGAAUGAUACCACUUAUUAUUGUGAUGAAUGUCACUACGUUUCUCAUGUUCGAUGCGCCAUUUCUGAUGAAGACCUUCUUGAACUGGGUAAAGACUUGCCAUCUGUUUCCAUUGACAUAACAAUGGACAAUGGGAGCAUAUAUACAAUUUAUGAAAACUGGGAGGGAGAAGUUGCAUGAGAGUUUAAUGCGUAACAGCAAGGAGUUGGACAAUCAGAUAGAAUCAGUUCAAUCAAGACUGCAAGAACUAAUGUUGAAACUAGAAGAACUCGACCCAGAACAAGCCCGGGCCAUUCAAUCAUCUCCUGAUCCUCCACCAAAUGUUGUUAAUGGCAUUGGAAGAACUAUUAGGUUACUCACCUAUCCAGGCUAUCCAGGCUACUAAUCAAAUGAAAGAAAGGUGCACCUUCAUUUACUCAUCUCUUCAUUUAAUCUCAAAAAUCAUC